CCCGAGCAGUCAGAGACAGUGUUGUGCGUUACAGUGAGAGCGUGAGCUCCAGACAUUUGCCUUCUUGGCACUGGAGAUAUGAACACCAUCGACGCGCAGAUCCAUUCUAAUAAUAACGCUGCUGUCAACCAUCUCCAGCAAUUGCCAAAAAGCGCGCACGAGACCUCGGAUAUGGCCGUGUAUUGUGACAACUUCAGUGUUUACCACCAACAGAGUCUACCUGCGGCGCAGAGGCCAGCCGGAUACGGCCUGGGGGACUACGCGACCCCAAACCCUUACCUGUGGCUCAAUGGACCCGGUGUCAACUCCUCUUCGUCCUACAUACACGGAAACAACAGCCCAUCAUUCAUCCCGCCGGCGUACGGCUCUCAGAGGCAAUACCUGAGCAACUCCUCCGGGUUCGCAGGGCCGGAUUUAGGCUGGCUCUCCAUCGCGAGUCAAGAGGAACUUUUAAAGCUCGUGCGCCCGCCAUACUCCUACUCGGCUCUCAUAGCCAUGGCGAUACAGAACGCGCACGAGAAGAAGUUAACUCUGAGCCAGAUUUAUCAGUAUGUGGCGGAUAAUUUUCCGUUUUAUAAGAAGAGUAAAGCGGGGUGGCAGAACUCCAUCAGACACAACCUUUCUCUGAAUGACUGCUUUAAAAAAGUGCCGCGUGACGAAGACGAUCCAGGGAAAGGAAACUACUGGACCCUAGACCCCAACUGUGAAAAGAUGUUCGACAAUGGAAACUUUCGUAGAAAAAGGAAGCGCAGAUCUGACUCCAGCACAGGUGUUUCUAGUAACACAAAACCAGAGGAUGAUCGACAGCUCGCCGGUAUCAAACCCACCGACAGCCCUCACCUCACCGGACCCGCAUCUCCUGACGCGGACGCUGCCACUGACAGCCACAAAGGCGCGUCUCCCGCAGGCCUCGCGAGCGCGCCAUGCUUCAACAACUUCUUUAAUAGUAUGUCUGCCUUGGGUUCAUCCUCAACUCCAACCAGCAGACAUGGCUCUCUAGGACUGGUUAACGAACUUUCCAGCCGAAAUAUCAGCGCUUUGAGCCCGUAUCAUGCCAGCACGGGGCCUGAAGCAGGUGGAGCGCCCGAGCUCCAGGACAGCGUGCACGUCAACCGGGGAAUGUACUAUAACUCUUUUACCGGCGGCCAGAGCACGCAGUUCAACGGACACUUCUAUAACAGCUUCAGUGUCAACAGCCUCAUCUACCCUCGAGACGGAACGGAGUUAUAAAUCUGUCAUGCUCGUGAAUACCCGCCAUUACGCGUAUAGGUUGAUAAAAUAAUAUUUCAACACUGUUUGUGGGUGCAACAGGCAAUAAAAACAUUAAAGUUCGACAUUCACA